GCCGCUUCUGCACCUCCCGUCUGUUUGUCUCUGCUCGCCUUCGCCUCGCCCUCCUCGUUACCGCCGGCUUCUUCCGCCACCGCCCGCCGCUCGCUGUAAGCUUCCACCACCACUAUCUUCUCUCUGGCCAGAAGAGCCUUUGCAGCAAUCCACGGAGCGUCCUCUGAGUGAGGUCUCUCUCACCUUGCUGCUAUGCCUUUCCCGCCGCUCGCCGGAACCCACCGUCACCGCACCGGAAGCACCACCUAGUAGUGCCUGUCCCUGAUGCCUAUGGCGUCCGACAGCCCCUUAGAGGCCUUCCUCGCCGGCGCCCGUGGUGCCAUCGCCCAUUUUCACCUUCCCAUCAUCCACAUCCCUGGAUCCAAUUCCAGUCCCAAUCCCAAUCCCAAGCAGCCGCAGCAGGAGCAGGACCCCGAGCCCGAGUGCCUCCUCCACCUCCACGUCGUCGUCACCAACUUCCUCCACAAGCCCCUAAGGUCACUCGCCAGAUGCUUCCGCGGCGACGACACCAAGCGCCGCCCCAAGCCUCGGCGUCGGGGAGGCAAACACUCACGGCCGCUCCGGGACCGGGAGCGGAGCGCUGCAGCCGGCCCGCAGCAGCAGCUGGAGCUCCUCCUCUGCAUUGCAUUCGACGCCUUCUCGCACAACCUGCUUGUACUGGAGGAUGCCUGCAAGCAGAAAGGCGCCGAAUUUGGUAUCGCUACCCAGCAGUUCCAUCAAUUUCAGCUUCUCAGGAAGGUAAUCGAAGGAAAGAGGGCAAAUUUCGACGGGUUCCUUUCCAACCUCGGUUUCGCAAAGGUUGGGGCACCGCCUCCCCCGGCAGACAUCAUGGGUGCGUCCCCUGCCCCAGCACCGAUCAGCGACCAGGAGGGGGCUCGUGGUGGAAUUGAGGACAGGGAGGAGGAGGACAAUGCUAGUGCUACACCACAGUCAGUACAGAAAUUACCUGCUCGGCUGCUUAGCAUCCCAUUGUCGAAUGUGGAGCGGCUGCGCUCGACACUAUCUGCUGUUUCACUGACAGAGCUCAUCGAGUUGGUCCCGCAGCUGGUGAGCAGAUCAUCAACAUCAGCAGAUGGACACCCAGACAAGAAGAAACUUUUCUCUGUGCAGGACUUCUUCAGAUAUGCAGAAAUCGAAGGAAAGCGGUUCUUUGAAGAGUUAGACAGAGAUGGUGACGGCCAAGUCACUCUAGAAGAUCUCGAAAUUGCAAUGAGGAAGAGACGGUUACCUAGGAGGUAUGCUCGGGACUUCUUACGGCGUACCAGAAGCAACUUUUUUUCAAAAUCGAUUGGCUGGAAGCAAUUUCUAUCCUUGAUGGAACAGAAGGAGCCAACCAUUCUCCGAGCAUAUACCACGUUGUGUUUGAGCAAGUCGGGAACGCUUCACAAGAAUCAAAUUUUGACUUCCUUGAAAAGUGCCGGCCUCCCGGCCAAUGAAGAUAACGCUGCUGCGAUGCUACGGUAUCUUAAUGCAGAUUCAGAAGGAUCAAUCUCAUAUGGCCAUUUCCGCAACUUCAUGCUUCUCCUUCCUUCAGAACGCCUUGAGGAUGAUCCUCGGAGCAUUUGGUUUGAAGCUGCUACUGUUGUUGCUGUUCCCCCACCUGUUGAAAUAUCGACCGGAAGUGUUUUGAAGUCUGCUUUAGCUGGAGGCCUUGCUAGCGCACUCUCUACCUCUCUACUGCAUCCUAUUGAUUCUAUGAAGACCCGUGUCCAAUCAUCUACGCUCUCAUUUCCGGAGCUCAUUUUAAAGCUUCCACAAAUUGGGCUUCGAGGAUUGUAUCGAGGUUCUAUCCCAGCAAUUCUCGGCCAGUUUUCAAGUCAUGGUUUGAGGACAGGAAUCUUCGAAGCAAGCAAGCUUGUAUUAACUAAUGUCGCUCCAGCACUUCCAGAGAUUCAGGUGCAAUCAAUGGCUUCCUUCUGCAGCACAGUCCUGGGUACUGCAGUCCGUAUCCCUUGUGAGGUUCUCAAGCAGCGUUUGCAGGCUGGAAUCUUCAACAACGUAGGGGAGGCGAUUGUUGGCACCAUGCGGCAAGAUGGCCCAAUGGGAUUUUUUCGUGGCACUGGUGCCACACUUUGUCGUGAGGUUCCUUUCUAUGUUGCUGGAAUGUGCCUCUAUGCAGAAGCUAAGAAGGCAGCACAGCAUGUUGCGAAGAGGGACUUGGAACCAUGGGAAAUUAUAGCAGUUGGAGCAUUAUCUGGAGGACUUGCAGCAGUUGUCACCACCCCCUUUGAUGUGAUGAAAACACGGAUGAUGACUGCCCCUCCAGGCACACCAGUGUCUAUGCAGAUGAUAGUCUUCUCCAUCCUUGGAAGUGAGGGCCCCCUUGGCCUGUUCAAGGGUGCGAUCCCUCGCUUCUUCUGGAUUGCUCCUCUCGGAGCAAUGAACUUUGCAGGCUACGAGCUUGCAAAGAAGGCAAUGAUCAAAGAUGAGUGCGAGUCCAGAGGGUCUACGCAGGAGAAGAAAGGCAUGGUGGGUUCCAGAGAUUGACCUUCCGUUCGCCUGGCUAACAUUGUGGUGCGCGCAAAGAAACUGAAACCAUGCAAUGAAACACAAGUUUUUCUGCCCAUGUUGCAGAGAAGCAAUAGAACAUCUGGCUUCUUUCGUAGUACAUGUAUCCAGUUCUAGGUUACUAUAUUUCCCCCCUCCUCUGAGGAAAAUUUGUCGAAUUUCAAUUUCAGUAGGCCUUGAGGUGGCUGUAUAGUACAGUAGAUGAGAAAAGGGCUAGAGGGUAGAGAGGCACAUGCUGGAGCUGUUGUUGUUUUGCUGGACAGUACAGCUCACUUCUUGUUUGUUGUUUGGCGAUGAUCCAUAGCCGUCCUGCUGUAAAUUGGCUGUUGUACUUACUCUGAUGACCAUGCAUUUGGCUUGGAACUCGUUGAAGUUUAAAAA